AUGGACAUAGAUGUAUUUUUAAGACCCUUGGUGGAUGAGUUGAAGGAGUUGUGGGUUAACGGAGUAGAUACGAGAGAUUGUCGAACUAACACUGUCUUCAAGUUGCGUGCAGCUCUUCUGUGGACAAUUAAUGAUUUUCCUGCUCGUAGUUAUUUGUCUGGUCAUAGAAGAUUUUUUCCAAAUAACCAUCGAAUGAGAAGGGAUACUCAAUUCGACGGAAAAAUUGAGAGAAGACCUCCUCCAAGACGUUUUACUUGUGAAGAAGUAUUAGAACAAAAUGUUUGUGAUAGUUUAUUGGGCACAAUCUUGGACAAUGAUAAAUCCAAGGACACUACCAAUGCAAGACACGAUUUGAAGAAGCAAGGAGUCAGAGAAUGGUUGUGGAUUUAUGAAGAUGAGAGAGGGAAGCUGUUGAAACCUCAUGCACCUUCCGUGCUUAAACCUGAUGAUAGGCUCCAAUUUUGUAAAUUUAUUAAGGAUGUGAAAUUUCCCGAUGGAUUUUGUUCAAAUUUAAAAAAGAAAGUAAAUAAAAAUUUAACAAAUGUCAUCGGAUUGAAGUCACACGACUGUCGUGUAAUAAUGCAACGAUUGCUUUCUGUUGGUGUUCGGAAGUUUCUCCCGAACGCUAUAUCGACCACCAUCUCUGAAUUGUGCAACUUUUUCAGGCAUAUUUGUUCAAGGACUAUAAAUGUUAAAGACAUGGAGGUUUCUCAACAAGAUCUUAUUUUAAUCUUGUGUAAAAUGGAGUCCAUAUUUCCUCCUGCAUUUUUUGACAUAGUGAUUCAUUUGGUCCUUCAUUUUCCUGAAGAAGCAAUUUUGGGUGGGCCUAUUUUUAUGAGGUGGAUGUAUCUAUUUGAAAGGUACAUGAAAAAAUUGAAGAACUACGUAGGAAAUAAAGCACGUCCUGAAGGGUCGAUAGAAGAAAGUUACGUUGUUGAUGAGGCUUUGACAUUUUGUUCAAUGUAUUUCAAGGGGGUUGAAACAAGGUUUAGCCGUCUUGAUCGCAAUGAAGAUGAGGUUGUCCCACGAAAGCUUUCUGUGUUUCAAUCUCAAUGUCGGCCCAUUACAAAAGGUAAUCUCCGGCCACUUGAUCGUGCAUCUCGUGAACAAAUAUAUGACUUUCACAAGUCUGGAUCAUUAGAGAAUGGCGAAGAGUUGCUAGCUUUAGCAUCCGGGUCUGAUCACUUAGGUACGUACUAUGAAGGUUGUAUUGUGAAUGGAGUUCGAUUUAUGGCUACCAAACGAGAUGCGAAGAGGAGCACACAAAAUAGUGGACUGUUUGUGGUGGGAACAGAAGAUGACCCAUACAUACUUGCUAGUCAAGCAAAGCAAGUGUUUUAUCUCGAUGAUUUAUUGAGAGGGAAAAAUUGGAAAAUAGUUGAGAAUGUAAAUCAUCGACAAAUUUGGGCCAUCGUGGAUGAUGAUGCUAAUGUCGAAGUUGAUUUGGUACAUGACACCAACUCAUCCAAUUUUGUGUUGACAGUUGAUCUUAGGGAGUUAAUUUUGAUACCCGAUCAACCUCCGAUGGACAUUGGCACUGAACCAAGUUUGCAUGUUAACGAAGAUGACCGCAACAUGGACGACGAAGAUACUACUGAAGAAUCUGAUGAAGAAAUUUUAGUUGACCUGUGUGAAGAUGAUGUGAAUGAUCAUUUAGUUAAUAAUGAUAGUGAUAUGAAUGAUUAA